AUGAUACCGACUAAAAGACGACCAAUAAAAGCUAAACACGCUAUACAUUAUGAAAAUGUUUGUCAAUUUACACAGGUAACGAAUCAACAGACUGUAUUUACCAACGAUAAUAAUACAACCGGUAAUAGUGAGAAUGGCAGAAGACACUCAGUCUGGGAUACGCGACAGCUGAAUUCCCCAGUGUGUUUACCAUUGACAUCCUCUCCGUUUUGUGCAUUAUCUCCGUGUCAAAAUGAUGCCACUUGUACUGAUCCUGGAGUUAGAAGGCGGGUCGGUGCUGAUGUUACACCAGUAUCUGCAGGAGUUAAACGAAUUAUCGAUUAUACUGACGAUACAUCGACACCAGCGAAACGAAAAUGUAGUGACAGCUCUCCCAUUACAUCAUAUCCUAACCGUGUAAAUGGGUACCAUAAAUCCUCAGAAAAUACAUCAGAAACAAUCCACAUUAACGAAACAAUUAAUUCCACCGUCAACUCUUCCGAUAUCAACUCCAGUUCACAUCAAGCGCCUACUAACAAAAGACGAAGUCUUACAAUGAAAUGCUACAACAAAUUCACUAAAAAUGUGACAAAACAAUUUAUUCGUCGUAACAGCACAGGAAGUUCAAAGAUUUCCAAGCCCUAUAGCCGACUGAGUGAAAAUCCAAAUCACAGAAAACCUAAUAUGUUAAAUGUCAUUAGACGAUCUGCGAGACGUACCUUGGGCACUAUACGUGAUAUGUUGAAACCUUCGAAUACAUCUACCUCAGUCGCUUCAAAGUCACCAGAUAUUCAUGAAACCAACUACGAAUCCCAGUGUGAUGAUCAGUGCUUUGUACCUUCGGAUCAAGUGACAUCCUUAACAGCACCUUUGUUAGAUGAAGAUCUAGAUGACAAUGACGGGGAUAAUGGCUUUGUACACGCCAAUUCUAAUUCCUCAAGUUCUCUACGAUAUGUCACCUUAUCAAAAUCUAGUCAGGAUAGUACAUUCGGUUUAUUUGUUACAAAAUCUAACCUGGGUUAUCGUGUAACACGUUUAACGGUACGAUUAAUUCUAAACAAUUCAAGUCCACUGCGUAUUGGUGAUGAAAUUAUCCAAGUGAAUGGAAUCGAUUGCAGACAAUUAGAUAUUGAUCAGAUGCAAGAGCUAUUUCGACAGAAUCAAACAAUUCAGCUGACAAUCAUUGAUGAAUAA